UCCGCACCGCGCGGCGCUGCGCUGGGCGCCCCGGGCGCGGGGCACCAUGAUGAGCAACUACACGGACGGCGAGGAGGACACGGUGGCGCUGCUGGCUCAUGACAGCGGCGGCAGCAAGGAGCCGGAUCGGGGCAAGGAGGAGCUGAGCGCGGACAAGGGCCCCGAGAAGCCGGACCCCUCGCAGAAGCCCCCCUAUUCCUACGUGGCCCUGAUCGCCAUGGCCAUUCGGGAGAGUGCGGAGAAGAGGCUUACGCUGUCCGGGAUCUACCAGUACAUCAUCAGCAAGUUCCCUUUCUACGAAAAGAACAAGAAAGGCUGGCAGAACAGCAUCCGCCACAACCUCAGCCUCAACGAGUGCUUCAUCAAGGUGCCCCGGGAGGGCGGCGGCGAACGCAAGGGCAACUACUGGACCCUGGACCCCGCCUGCGAGGACAUGUUCGAGAAGGGCAACUACCGCAGAAGACGAAGGAUGAAACGGCCUUUCCGGCCGCCUCCGACCCACUUCCAGCCGGGCAAGACCCUCUUCGGCCCCGACAGCUACGGCUACCUGUCCCCGCCCAAGUACUUGCAGUCCACCUUCAUGAACAACUCGUGGCCGCUGGCGCAGCCCCCCGCGCCCAUGCCCUACACGUCCUGCCAGAUGUCUGGUGGGAACGUCAGCCCUGUCAAUGUGAAAGGACUCUCGGGCCCGGCGUCCUACAGCCCCUACUCGCGGGUGCAGAGCAUGGCGCUGCCCAGCAUGGUGAACUCCUACAACGGCGUGGGCCACCACCACCACCACCACCCGCACGCCCACCACCCCCAGCAGCUCAGCCCGGCCAGCCCCGCGCCGCCCGCGGCCCCGGCGGCAAACGGAGCCGGCCUCCAGUUUGCCUGCGCCCGUCAGCCCGCCGAGCUGUCCAUGAUGCACUGUUCUUACUGGGAGCACGACAGCAAACACAGCGCCCUGCACUCCCGCAUAGACAUCUAGGGAGGCUCCGGCCAG